CCCCAAAAAAAAAAAAUUAAGCCUAGCUCUAGCUCUAACUAGCUUUGCUACACCAUGAAAACGGACAUUGAAAGCCUCUGGGUUUUCGCCCUCGCUUCGAAAUGCAGAGCUCUCUCCCAAGAAAGCAUUGUGUGUUCUAUUCUUGUCAUCGCUCUCUCAUGGCUUGUCAUGGCUCUGUUUUACUGGGCUCAUCCCGGCGGUCCAGCCUGGGGUAGGACUGUCAAAAAUAUUUUUACAAGCAAGACUGCUAUGAUCCCCGGUCCGAGAGGUCUGCCGUUGACAGGCAGUAUGAGUCUGAUGACGGGUCUGGCUCACCGGAAAAUCGCUGCCAUGGCCGAGGCUUGCAACGCCAACCGGCUCAUGGCUUUCAGUCUAGGCCAGACUCGCGUCAUCGUGACGUGUAACCCUGACGUAGCGAGAGAGAUUCUCAACAGCUCCGUCUUCGCCGACCGGCCAGUGAAGGAGUCGGCCUACAGUCUCAUGUUCAACAGGGCCAUCGGAUUUGCCCCAUACGGAGUGUAUUGGCGAACCCUGAGGAGAAUCUCGGCCGCUCAUCUCUUCUGCCCGAAACAAAUCAAGGCAUCCGAGUCUCAAAGGUCCGAGAUUGCCUCCCAAAUGGUAGCAAUGUUUGGCGCGCACGCGCAUGGUUUACGCGUGCGGGAGGCCCUGAAGAGGGCGUCCCUCAACAACAUGAUGUGCUCUGUUUUCGGACGCAAAUAUGAUCUUAAUUCGAUUAGUGAUGAAGUGGAAGAGCUCAAGUCACUAGUGGACGAAGGCUACGACUUAUUGGGUAAGUUGAACUGGUCGGACCAUCUUCCUUGGCUCGCGGACUUUGACGCACAAAAAAUCCGGUUCAGAUGCUCAGAACUUGUCCCUAAAGUGAACCGGUUCGUUACCCGGAUCAUUUCCGAGCACCGUGCCGGAGCCGGUGACAAAUCCUCCCCGGACUUCGUUGACGUCUUGCUCUCACUCCAAGGACCUGACAAACUAUCCGACUCCGAUAUGAUUGCUGUGCUUUGGGAAAUGAUAUUUAGAGGGACUGACACAGUGGCGGUUCUGAUCGAGUGGAUUCUGGCGAGGGUGGUGCUUCAUCCAGAAGUUCAAUCAGCGGUGCAUGCUGAACUAGACAAAGUUGUUGGGCGGUCUCGAGCCGUUGAUGAGUCUGACGUCAAUGAGAUGGUGUAUCUGACGGCUGUGGUGAAAGAGGUGCUGAGGUUGCACCCUCCCGGCCCACUCUUAUCAUGGGCUCGCCUGGCCAUCACCGAUACAAUGAUUGACGGUCGACACGUGCCGCAGGGGACUACGGCGAUGGUCAACAUGUGGUCUAUUUCGCGAGACCCGGAUGUUUGGACUGACCCAUUGGAAUUUAAACCCGAGAGAUUUGUGGCGCAAAAAGGUGAGAUGGAGUUUUCAGUUUUCGGGUCGGAUUUGAGGCUGGCGCCAUUCGGGUCAGGGAGGCGGACAUGCCCCGGGAAGGCGUUAGGGUUGACAACUGUCACGUACUGGGUAGCGUCGCUUUUGCACGAGUACGAAUGGGUGCCGUCGGAGACGGUGGACUUGUCUGAAAGACUGAGGCUGUCUUGCGAGAUGGCUAAGCCUCUGACUGUGAAUGUGCUCCCAAGGCGUAUGUUAAGCACAGGUCAUUGAAGUUUAACACAAGUAGAAAAGGGAUACAAUGAAAGGGAAGAAGAACGUAAUUAGUAACAAGAAACUCCUGUAGAAGGUUAAUGAAAAUGGCUUCACUUGAGCAUAUAUCCCUUGUCUGUUGGGUCAUGUCCUAUUCUUGGUCUGUCACUCUCUUGGAUGCCAAGAUAGUUACAUGAUCAAAGUGUUUUAAGUUUAAUUAUUGUAUAAAUGGUGAAAUUUAAAACAAGUUCUAUUUGAUUUCC